AUGACCCGUCUUAUUAAAUCUCAUGUUGGUUCUUUUUUUUUCAGUGGGUUCGCCAACUUCUACUCGUGUCUUGGCUCUAUAAAUAUCCAGAAUUGUCUCGGCCUGAUUGGCCAAGUGGGCAAUGGAAGAUCCCCGCAAGACGCUUACGCCUAUGAGGGAUUUUUGGCUGACUGGCGAUUCAAAUGCGGUGCUGGAUUCUUUGUGGGCAAUGGAAGAUCUCCACAAGACGCUUACGCCUAUGAGGGAUUUUUGGCUGACUGGCGUUUUAAGUGUGGUGCUGGAUUCUUUGCGGUCUAUGAAAGCCCCAGCUUCACCAGUUGCACUCAGAGCACCUAUGUGAACUACAAUACAGAUAUGGGCAAAAUUGUUGUCGACUACCGAAUGAACAUCACUGCCGACCCGAAUAAUGCAUGCAAGUGA